CCUCCGCCUGCCCAGCUGUCUCUGCGGACCCCGCCGAGGGAGGGAGAGAAGCGCUAGGAAAAGGAAGAGGAGAAGGAGCUCGAGCGGGAGGCAAGCGAGAGGCUCUCUUGCUCCUCCCAAAGCAGGGGGCGGCUCCACUGUGCUUCUGAUGACCCGGCCGCCGCCGCCGCCCUGCAACCGCUCCCCGGGACCCGUCAACGCUGACACUGAUGACCCGCGGUGGGGGCGCUGGGCGCGGGGUGCGCAGGCCACUGGCCGCGGGCUCUCGGGCCCACUCCUGCCGCCGGCUUCCGCUGCUUCCGCGUGCCGUGGACACUGCCAGAAUUUGUCAAAGGUCCUAGGAAGAAAAGGCUCUUUCACCCCUCCCCUCAAUGAACAGAUGGUGUGUUUGGACUGUUCGCAUUCGCUCCUCAUAGGUGGGAUCCUGGAGGAAGUUAAGGGGUGCUCCGUUCCCUGGGGAUGGGACAGCAGCUCGCCUUUUUACUAAUAGCUAUAAGGGACUGUCAGACAUUUACCUGACUAGACCUUCACCUCAGAGCUCAGAAGGGGAACAGCUCCAGAACUAAAAGAGAGAGCCUCUGGCAGACCCCAAAAGACAGCAUGUGGAGUGAAGCUGGGCUUCCCUGCCCAAUCACUAGGAUCAUUUAUUGCACAAAUACCUGUAUUUUAAGCGGCAGAUUAUUGUGAAUUUUUGUAUUUUCUUCAUUUCCAUUUAGCUUUUUUUCAAUUUUAGAAUAGCCUUUCUCUAGAUAACUCGAGGAAGUGGGAGACAGAAUUUCCUUUGUUUCUGUCUUGAGCCCAAAGGGACAAUUGAGUGUCAGGUAUGACAGGGAUAAAGGGAGAAACUCAGAAAUAAUGCUUUGUUUUGUUUUGUUUUGUUUUGAGAUGGAGUCUCGCUCUUGUCGCCCAGGCUGGAGUGCAAUGGCAUGAUCUUGGCUCACUGCAAACUCCACCUCCUGGGUUCAAGCGAUUCUCCUCCUCAGCCUCCCAAGUAGAUGGGCUUACAGGCAAGCGCCAUCACGCCCGGCUAAUUUUGUAUUUUUAGUAGAGAUGGGGUUUCACCAUAUUGGUCAGUCCGGUCUUGAACUCCUGACCUUGUGAUCCACCCACCUUGGCCUCUCAAAGUGCUGGGAUUACAGGCAUGAGCCACCGCACCCAGCCAGAGGAAUGUUUCGGGUGCUACACGUGCAGCCCCUCAUGACUGUAUCUCCUCAGAGCUCUUUUCUUCACAUUCCUGAGUGCUUUGUGUUUUGUUUAUUUAAGGGACAAAUGAAUCUCUUCCCACUCCAUGGGAUUUCCCUUGAUUUUUAUAUUGGGAGUGAAAAGAUGAAGCAUGAGACUCUUCAGCUGCAUCUCGAACUGCAUCUAAUCCCAGCACAUCUCCCUCAAUCUUUGAUUAAGUCUGUUCAUCUAAAAGAGAGACACAGGGGAAAAAUGGAAAUGGGACUUUGGAAGAAUGACCAUCCACAUUCCCAUCACAGCCUGAGAUUUCCUACCUGAUUGAGAUUUUCAGUAGAUGGCCCUAGGUCUAGUUUCCCACUUUGGACCUGUUGCCCUUGGCUCCAAUAGAGGACUUCCAAGUAACUAGGAAGAUUUCACCUCUCUUUUGAAACAUAAUGGACAAAUGUGUUUCUUUAGGAUGAGAGGUGCACCUGGCUAGUCAAUCUUUAUUUUCCUAAAAUAAACAGGAUGAAAACUCAAAACAAAAAGAAAUACCUCAUGGGCAAAAGCUCUCCCAAUACAACUAAUAUAGACACUCAACAUGGCUUUGUAGAAACUAACCCCUCUCCCAAGUCUUAUGUUUGUCAGAAUUGCAUGCCUAUUUCAAUCGAAGAAAAGUGAUCUGAUCUCUUCAGAUGAAGGUGGGACUUGGAGAUGCUGCUGCCUAGAGUUAACUUGCCAGAGAAAGGAUAAGCAUUCGGGAAGUGCCGGGAUGGGGUAUCAGCUGAACAAUGGCAGGAUCCCUUCUGCCAGUGGGCUGGCUCAGGGAGUAAACCUCCCCGGAAGGAAUUUUGUUUCUCUCUAGAAUCAAAGUGGGCAAAAUGAUCACCUUAUUUGCCUGGAGUGAACCAGGUUGAAACUGAGAAGGCAGACAUGGGUGUUAAGCCAGAUGAAGUCAUAUGUUAUAACUAAGCUAUGUACCUGUAACUUGCCUGGUAGUUUUUUCAUUCUCUCUAAACAGGUCAUAAUAAGUGUUAGUCUGUGAUCCACUAUGGAGAGAGAUUUCUGGAAAGAAUAGAGGCAGUGGUAGAGGGUCCAAGGUUGUUAUUUAAGGAGAUGAAUGUGGGUCAGGUGCCGUGGCUCACACCUGUAAUCCCAGCAUUUUGGGAGGCAGAGGCAGGAGGAUUGCUUAAGGCCAGAGUUCAAGACCAAACUGGCCAAUAUAGUGAGACCCCCCCCCCAUCUCUACAAAAGAUAGAAAAACUUAGCCAGGCAUGGUGGCAGGUGCUAUAGUCCCUGCCACCAUGGGACUACAGCUCCUGCAGUCCCAGCUACUCAGGAGUUGAGGCGGAAGGAUUGCUUGAGCCCAGAAGUUUGAGGUUGCAGUGAGCCAUGAUCAUGCCACUGAACUCCUCCGUGGGUGACAGAGCGAGACCUGACUCAAUAAUAAUAAUAUUAAUAAUAAUAAUAAUGCAACGCAAACUAUCUUUUACCUCUUGAACAAUGAAUGCAGAUGCCAUGACUACAUCUGUUUGUUGGGGACCAGGGAGGCUGCCAGUGAGGAUUCAGGGUGGAAGUAGUGUGUACCCAAUACCUAUUGUGAGAUGUGGCCUGGGGAGCCCUGAGAUUUCCUGGCCAGGCUCACUCACUACCCAGACACCCUCUUCCUGCAUGGCGAGUCCCUCAGCCCCUCCAAGGCUCAAUUCUCAGACAUCAGAGUAAUCCACAUCCUCCAUCUUGAGUUACUCCUCACAAGGCCUGCAAGUUUUCCUAGGAGGAAGGGAAGACAGGGUUGAACCCACACAAUUCUAGAAUCUAGAAUUUGGAGGAUUUCUAAACCAUUUCUGUAAGUCAGCCCUUGAGAACUUGUAGAUUUUCUCAUCAUUUGCAGCAUGAGAGUCUGGAGUAGACUGUUUGGAUUUGACUCUUGGUUCCUUGGGCAAGUUACUUAACCUCUCAGCUGUGUGUCAGUUUCCUUAUCUAAAAAGUGUGGUUAAUAAUAACUGACCUCUCAGAGGUAUUGCGAGGUUACUGUGAUGAUUAAAUUAGUUGAUUCAUAUAAAAUGUUUAAAAGAGUGCCUGGCAUUAUUAUUAAUAGUAAUAAGUUUAGCAUAAGUCUUGCCUGCCAAUAAGGAGCUGGAUUGAAUGACUACUUUGAUUCUAUUUCUUGGCCUUCUCUUCUCUGGACUAGGUGACCCCAACUUUCUCCUUACUCCUGAAAAAUUUAUCCCAGUCUGCUAAGGAAGAGAAAGCCCAUGUGUGCACGUACACACAUGCACCUACACAAACAUUUACAUACAGUUUUGCUCUUCCAUACAGAAUUAAUAGAGCUACUAGAGUGUCUAGGAACCAAUCUGAAAGAGAAAGGAAACACUGCUUUUUUGUUUGUUUGUUUUUUGAGACGGAGUCUCACUCUGUCACCAGGCUGGAGUGCAGUGGCGCAAUUGUGGCUCAUUGCAACCUCCACUUCCCUGGUUCAAAUGAUUCUCCUGCCUCAGCCUCCCGAGUAGCUGGGACUACAGGCGUGCA